AUGGCCGCCCCCUUAGAAAACAUAGACUUCUCCUCAAAACAGGAGCCCAUCCUACGCGAUAUAUCCAGUCUAAAACAAGGAAGCAUCUCAGACGACGACCGCGAAGUCUUCAAAGCGAACGUCAACGGCGUCGAAUACCGAACCGUCACUUGGCAACGCGCCAUCGUGAUCUUCAUCAAAACCCAGAUCGCCACUGGCGUGUUGGGUAUCCCAAGUGCUCUGUACAAUCUCGGUGCUGUUGGAGGCGGAAUCUGCGUCGUUGCUUUCCAGGCGCUGAAUCUAUAUACUACCAUCAUUGCGGGCAACUUCAGAAACAACCAUCCAGAAUGUCACACAAUCGUAGACAUGGCUGGAGUUGUCUGGGGUCCAAUUGGUCGAGAAUUCGUCGGGGUCAUAUUCGUAAUCGCAUUCAUCUUCUGCACGAGUAGCAGUAUCCUCGCUAUAUCCAUCGGCCUCAACGCUCUUUCGAACCACGGGGCUUGCUCAGUGGCUUUCACGUUCGUCGGCACAGUUCUAACGAUCAUGUUCUCUUGCAUCCGCACAUGGGGCAAGAUGACCUGGCCGCUAUCAAUUGGUUUCAUCUCCGUAAUGGCUGGAGUUAUGGUCGUCGUGAUCGGUGUAACAACCAAAUCUCGCCCUGCUGCUGCUCCUCAGACCGGUCCUUAUGAGUUGGGAUUUUACGCCAUCGCCCACCCAACGUUCGCAGCUGGCAUCACAGCCGCAUGCUCAAUCAUGAUAUCUUCAUGCGGGUGUCCCGGGUUCAUCCCCGUCAUCGCCGAAAUGAAGAGACCGCAAGAUUUCAAGAAGGCUGCCAUUAUCGUGGCUGCACUCGUCGGCGCCAUCUAUCUCUCUUUCUCAAUGGUGGUAUACAGAUGGUGCGGCCAAUGGAUUGCCUCUCCCUCUUUAGGAAGUGCCGGCCCGUUGCUCAAGAAGGUUUCGUAUGGAAUUGCGUUGCCGAGUCUUGUUGUGAGCGCGGGGAUCUUCAACCACACGUCCUCGAAAUACCUCUUCGUGCGCUUCCUCCGGAAUACAAAGCACCUGCAAUCAAACAGCACGAUCCACUGGUCAACCUGGAUAGGGUGCAACGCCGGCGUCGGGAUUCUCGCCUUUAUCCUCGCGGAGGCGAUUCCGGUCUUCAACUACAUUCUCUCCCUCGAAGCAGCGCUGUUCUUCGCGCCUAUGAGCUUGCUGUUCCCUGCGUGCUUUUGGAUGUACGAUCACAAGGAAUAUAGGACUGGGACCGGGAAGCAGAGAUUGAUAUAUGAGGGCCAUGUAUUCCUGGCCCUGAUCGCGAGUUUCUUGGUUGUGGGUGGUACGUACGGGACGGUUGUGCAGAUCAAGGCGAGUUAUGAUGCGGGGCAGCUGAGCAAGGUGUUCAGUUGUGCGGAUAACUCGAAUACAAUCGGGGUGUAA